GAGUCAUAAACAUUCACAAGAUGAAGAAUAUACCCUUUUUACUAAUUUUGUUCAACUUAAACUGCCUGCAAUGUCAAAAAAUGGAGUCCAUUGAAAGCACAACUGUGAAGAAGCCUGGAGAAACUCUGACUCUGUCCUGUAGAGGAUCUGGGUUCAGCUUUGGCUGCUGUAGCAUGCACUGGAUCAGACAACAAGCUGGAAAACCACUUGUGUGGAUGGGUCUGGGCUACAGUUCUGGAAGUGGACAUAAGGCAGAAUCCUUUAAAGAGAGGCUUGAAAUCACCAGAGAUGAUUCGAAAAGCAUGAUGUAUCUGAAACUGUCUGGACUGACAGAAGAGGACUCAGCUGUGUAUUUCUGUGCAAGACGAGCACAGUGAUACUAACGUAUUUGGCAAUGAUACAAAAACUGGUCUAGACACACUUUUACUGUAAAACUGCAGUUCUCUUCUGUGUCAGUAGGUUGCAGUCGAACACUAGAAGUUGUCCACUACACAGUGACACACAAUCACAGAAACACAGCGACUCAUACAGUCAAAAUAUUUGUUUUAAACUUCUCAAAACUUAAUGAGACAGUCUAUUCACAAUCAAGAUUCCUCAAACACUCUAAUUAAAGUGUACUAGUUAUGAUCUUUUAAAUGCCUGGAAACUAUAUAAGCUUAU